UCCUGGGACUAGGCGGGCGGCGGGCUAAGAGGCGCUGGAGUGGAAACCGCGCGCUCGGCGCCGGAACCCGGCCUCCGCACACCUGCCCCCUCUUCUCUACUCGCCCUCCCGCACGGUGGACACUCAUCCCGAGAUGCGAGGGCGUUCGGGGGAGGAAGCCCAAGCCCGGGGAGGGCGGAGCCGCGGGGACUGCAGAGGAGACGCGAGUUCAGGUCCCGCUCGGGUCGGACGCCGAGGGCGUCCCCUCGCUUCUCCACCCGCGCCCACCGCCGGGCGGUUCAGCCAGUCCGCUCCCCGGAGGGCCGCGCACGGGGGCGCAGGGCGGCAGCAGGGCGGCGCCCCCGCCCCGCGGCCCUCCGCCUGCUCCGCGCGCCCCCGCACGGCCCCCGCGUCGGGCCGGGGGGACGCACCCGGCGCCCGCGGGCAACGCCUGGUCGGAGCCGAGCCGAGGGAGCGGCGGGGGCGGGGGCUGCGCAGACCUGCAGGCCGGAGCGGGGGACUAUUCUUACCCUUCUCUCGUGGUUUUUUUUUUUCUCUCUUAAAAAUAACUCCCUUGCUCACACUGCACGUUGGGGGAGCAAGGAGUGACCCCAAGGUACUGACGCAGGGGUUUUAUUUAUGAACCUUGACGAAGUUCAGGUCAAAUUACUCAACAGGCGCGAGCCCGGCCCCCCCCGGCGCUGGUCCCGCCCGGCAGUGCCCGCGGCCGCGGGAGGGGGUGCCGGCGCCCCCUGCCUUCGCUUUCGGAGCAAUGACACCGCGCGUGGCCUGGACCCGGGGCCCCUCGCUCGGUGAGCGUCCGCGCCAGGCCUGAUCACCACCACGGCCCAGGGACUCUAGGCUGCGGCCAGGAUGAUGGACGACGACCCCAAGCUGAGGACCGAAGGGAACUCGCUCUUGAAGGCCGUGUGGCUGGGGAGGCUCAGGCUCACCCGGCUGCUCCUGGAAGGGGGGGCUUAUGUCAACGAGAGCAACGAUAAGGGGGAGACGGCUCUCAUGGUGGCGUGCAUCACCAGACACGUGGACCAGCAAAGCGCCAGCAAGUCCGCGAUGGUCAAGUACCUGCUGGACAACAGGGCGGACCCCAACAUUCAGGACAAGUCGGGCAAGACGGCCCUCAUCCAUGCAUGCAUGAGGAGAGCAGGAGGAGACGUGGUGUCCUUGCUGCUGGAGAACGGGGCGGACCCCAGCCUCGAGGACCGCACUGGGGCAUCCGCUCUGGUCCAUGCCAUCAACGCAGAUGAUAAGGAUGCACUGAGACACCUCCUGGAUGCCUGCAGAGCCCAGGGCAAGGAGGUGAUCAUUAUAACGAUGGAUAAAUCCUCUUCGGGCACCAAAACCACCAAACAGUAUCUCAAUGCCCCUCCUUCACCCAAAGUGGAAGGAAGGCAGUCGCCCCCACUAUGCACAUCUCCCUCAGAUAUAGAACUGAAGGCUCCCGGCCUGGGCUGCCCACCCAGAGAGAAGGAGGGUGACUUCUUCAGCCUCCAAGCAGGGCAUCCGGGUGGUGGAAACACCUCCAAGGCCCUUAAUGAGCCAGGGACACCCACCAGGAAAGGCGGGAACCUCAAAAGGGCCCAUCUGCCCCGACUGAAGAGGCUCCAGUCUGAACCCUGGGGCCUGAUUGCGCCCUCGGUGCUGGCAGCCUCUGUGCGCCAGGACGAGACCCAGGGUGGCGGCACAGACAGCGUCAUCAAGAGCAUCAGUGACGUGUGCUUCCCCAAAAGGGGCCCCCUCUCCAGAACCAGCAGUACUGAUGGCCAAGACCCCACCCUCUUCCCCACCGUCUCAGGGCAGGUUCUGAAGAUGCCAGCCUCUGCAGCACCAGGAUCCUGGAAGGCAGCCUAUGAGAAAGGCCCGGCUUCCCACCAGGGUCUGGCCAGAAGGGGAGACCAAGAGAAGGGUGGCAUCGGUCCGUCAGGCCCCUCUGCUCUCUCUGCUCCGGCGUCUCUCAAGCAGCUGGAAAGUGACCUCUACGAUUUAGACUUACAGCCAGGGGCUGACCAGCUCAACUCCACUUCCCUUGAAUCAGGCAGAGGACUCUCUGAUAGAAAGAGGCUCAACGGCUCCCACGUGUCUCUCUCCCACAGCUCCCGGGAGGCCCUGGACGCCGUGCCCAGCUCGUCUCCCAGCUUCACGCGCCGCCGGCCCCUGCAUCUUCUAGAAAGAAGAGCUUCUGGGACUCUGCUGCUGGACCGGCUUCCCCACACCCGGCCUGGCUUCCUUCCACCUUUAAGUGUGAACGUGAGCCCGCCUCUCCUGGAUAUUAGAUCUGGCAGCAAAUCGUCUCCUCUGGCCAGUGGCUUAAAAUCCAUGGUUCCUGCGGCUCCAAGUUCACCAAAGAGAGUGGGCCUGAGAGGUAAGACACUCCUCAGAAGGCACUCCAUGCAAGUCGAACAGAUGAAGCAGCUGUCCGGCUUUGAAGAAAUCAUGACCUAGAGGCUUUUAGACCCAUUUGUGUAUUUAUUUUUUAGACCUGCGUAGUGUAUGACAGGUACCAGAUGUAGACAGCACAGCCCUGCAGGCUCCCCGCAUCCCGAUGGCCCCGUCGUGAUGGUGUGUGGCUGCGUCAGAGGGUGAGGCACCAGGGUGCUGCUUCCCUUCUGAAAUAAUUUCUGGGCUUUUAUUGGCCAGAGCUUUGGAUAAUUGGAUUCUGGGGGUGAAAUUACCAAAAAAAAAUCUCUAAAGGAAGAAACACAGUCAGUGCAAUGAUCCAAGUGUUUUCCUAUGAGACAAACAAGAAUUUAAAUCACAAGAUGGCAUUGAAGUGUGCGAUCUGUAAUCAAUCUAUGAAGUGCCUACAAAGAAUACUAGGCUCUAACAUCUGUUAGAAUGUGCAGAAGUUCAACCCAAGCCCUAAAUCAUGUCCGGGUAUCUGAGCUGCAGCUGAAGGAACAAGAGCAGAACUGCCCCAUCAGACGGGGUCUGGCACGGGGUCCCUGCCUCUCACCGUGCGGUGGGACUCUGCCCAGCACGGCACGCUCGAGAUCUUCCCAAACUCCAGACACAUGCUGGGUCACAUACUAAUUUGGAUGUGCUACGAGUCCCCAAAUACCACGUCUCAUGUCCCCUAAAUUCUGAUAUGUCACAGUAAUUGGUGCCUUAGAGAUGAAUCUUGCCCCCAAGUAAAACUUGCCUCUGAUUCCUGCUCUGACCCAGACUCUCUGUUGAAAUCUUGGAAACAGUGGUCAGGGUUUGCUAAACUCCCUCAUUUGGAGUGAAUGUGACAGUGUACAGAAUACAUCUGUAAGAAGUGUUUCCUGAUUAUUCUUAAGACAACUUGAUGAGACGUCCCAAAACCGGAAUGAAGAUGAGGAUGGGAUUCGCACAGGGUAAAAGGCGAAGCAGACGGUUCCUAUUUAAUUUUGUGGUCUGAAAACUUUAAGAGAAGCAAACCGUCCUUCCCCUCCACUUACCUAGGUAAUUCAAGACAAAUUCAAGACAAAGCCUGAGGUAUCUACGAGAUGGGAGAUUUAUAGAAAACACUUGUAAAACCCAAGAAGGGAAGCAGACACUUGGUAUAAUGCAGCACAUUUUAGAUGAAGAUAUUCCUGGUUAUUUUUCCAUUUAUUUUUCCUUCAUGCUGCUUACAUAAAUUUGCUCUAUAACUAAAAAAAUUGGUAGUCCUUGGGGACAGCAUCAUAUAGAGGAAAGAGGAAAGACUCUGAGAUUUGGGUCUGCACCUCAGCUUCACCAUUACCAGCUCUGCGACCUUGAGGAAAUGGCUUAAGGGCUGCGAGUCCCCCACCGCUCUGUGAGUGGGGUUAAUAAUGCCCCACGCUGCCAGGGUGUGGAGGGAAUUGAAUGAGACACUGCACCAAAGUGUCUCCUGAGGUUCCCUGCCCAGGUGGAAGGAACUGGAGAAGAGGUAGCUAAUUUUAAUUUACUUCUUCAGACCUCUGAAGCCUCAACAUCCCAAAUAAUACAUAAUAUCCCCCACAAAAGGAAAGUGCAUCUGAAAAAUUCACAUAUCCUUGAGAUCCUCAGUGAUUCCAUAAAUACUGAGCUCUAAGCUCAUUUUUCAAGUAAAAUAAAUUCUGCCACACGAGCUUCUACAUAUUAGAGCAUUUCUAUAAUGACACUUGCUGGAAAUUUAUGUGAACGUCCCACACAAAAAUGCUACUAAUGGUUAUUAAUAAACCAAGUAUUGUUUUUUCUUAACUUCUUUAGGGCUGGCAUGUACUUGGCCUCAGCGCUAGUGACCUGUGGGGCCGUCCUGGGUCCUGCAGGGUGUUUAGUGGCAGCCCUGGCCUCUCUCCUCCCAUUAGACACCAGUAGCUCUUCCCAACCCCCAUUCUGUUGUGACAACCAAAGUGUCUCAGACAGGGCCAGACAUGGCCUGGGGGAACACACUCUCAGCUCAAGGAGAGUGUACCUGGUAGAGAUGUGUCAUAGGUAACAAGGCUGCACGGGGUAUGGGGCUGCCUGGGGUAUGGCCUACCAACUUGAAAACCAUUUAAAUUGUGCUUUAGUAAACGACCAAUUGAUACUAACAUGGGCAUAGGGUUGGAAAACACACAGACAUGAGUACUAAUGCCCUCUUGUGCUUGGACGAAGGGAGAAAAAUGAGAAGAAAAGCUCAAAAGCUAGUGAGAAUCAGCUCAUUAAACACAGGAGUUUGUGCACGUAUGCACGCACUCACACACACACCACACCACACACACACACACACUGUGCAUUAAGUACUUCCCAACUGUCAUUGUGCCAGUUAAAACUAACCUCUGCUAGUAGUAUCUAACUGUGGGGACAGCAUGGCACUGCAUAGGAGCAUUUUUCUAGCCUCUAGCUAAGAUUUGAAAGCCUAGUAGUGAAUGUGGUACAUUCACAGCAGUUAGCUUGGGUGAAACACUGCACAGGAUGAAGUGUCCAUCUGGGGUAGCCUAAUGGUGGCCUGACAAUUGCAUACCGGCGGGAAUUCCGGUGCCGCUCCCUGCCUGCAUCAGUGAGUCGUGACCGCCCCACAGCUCUCCCCUAGACAGUCAUCAGAUGGUCCCUUGUCUCGUCACUCUUUGACGAUGUGUUAGCUGAAUUAGACUGUUCCAAACUAGGAUAACCACCACGUACUUUAUCAUGGUUAGUGCAUAUAUAGGCAAUUUUGUUCACGUCAACAAACUUUACACAAAUGCUUUUGAACAGUGGAUUUUAGAUUCAAACAUGCUUUCUAGAUCAGAGAUUAGCUUUUCUUUCUUGGAAUCCUAGUGUCACUAUGGACGUUAGCUGCAAGCUGUAGCUUCAAUAACCCGUCCACUUAAGACUCUCGGGAACGUUUAUCAAAAUACAUUCUCCCGGCCACGGAACUCACCUUCUAGCUGCCCGACAGUGCCGAUGUGAGUCUGGAGUCUAACGUCUGGAACUUUGGUUUAAUUUCUAGAUACUCCAAUGCUUCUGUGGUUUGUUUAAGCCCACUGUCAGUUCUCCUAGAAUCUCAUCAAGUGGAACCUGUGAAAUGCAGGCUGUGUCUGACCUCCCCCCUCCCCGUGUGCCAGUGCUUCAGAUGUAUGGUACGAUGCUUGAACUGGUUCUCUAGUGUUAAAUUAUAGUCUCAGCCUGACGAUGUGCUCAGAGAUGUAUCAAAAUCCACGUAAUGCAACUCUUUAGAUUAUGUCUAACGUGUCAAUAAAAGAUAUAUUGCAAUCCUUCAGUAAUAUUUUCCAUUUUUCUCAGUGAAAGCUUAAUUAUAAAUGUUACCUUUCCACAAGAUGGGACACGCUGCCUAGUAACAUCAACUUUGGAAAACACCCAAUAUUUUGUGAACACGUAAUUUUUAAAAUUAAUUUUUAGUUCCAUGACUAUUCUCCUGGUUUAAAAAAAAAAAAGGCAAAAACGAGAAGGUGCAAGCAAGGGGACAUGCUAGCCGCAGAACCGUUCGGGCGUCCGCCGCCCGCGCCCGUGGGGACCGGGGUACCGCGCUUGGGCCCGCAGGGCAGGGCGCCCGCCUGGGAGCGCAGGUCAGCGGCCCCGCCGUCACUGCGGGUCGGGCGCGGCAGUCCUACGGUAGCAGAAUCUGCUCGGGGCCGACGCCCUGCGCUCCGUGCCGAGCGCCCAAGGCGGACUAUGUGGACCAGGC